UAAAAACAUAACGAAGUUGCUGUUGAAAACAUUGAAUUGAAACCAAACCACGUAAGUUUCGAUAAAAAAAUGGUUAUCAAUAUUGUAAAUGAUAUCAUUCAUUAACAUAGACGUACUGGUUCUGUUAAAGAAAAGAGUGAAAAAAGUAAGCAGCAGAAAAAUGGAUGGAAUUUUAAAUAAGAGUUCCUGUAGUCAUCCAUGUAAUGCAGUGAAAUGUUGGAAGUGGAAUGUGAAUGACAUCUUCAAAAAGCAGCAGAGCAACUAUGCUGUACUUGUUUUAAAUCGGACUAUCACUCAAAGUCAGGAGAUUAUUAAAAAACUUUGGAACAAUGCCGCAUUAAGGAUGACAGUUGAUGGAGGUACAAUUCAUUGGGAUACAUUUGCCACCAGUGUACCAGAAAAUGAACAAGAAUCAAUAAAGUUGCCAGACAUGAUCACAGGAGACUUUGAUUCAAUAACUGACAACAUUUUACAGAAGUAUAAAACGAAAGGUUGUAAGAUUAUACAUACUCCUGACCAAGAUCACACGGAUUUUACGAAGGCUUUAAUUGAGCUGAACAACUAUUGUGAGGAGCAACAAACGAAGAUGGAUGAUGUUAUAGCAAUAGCACAGAGUUCAGGCAGAUUAGACCAAAUUCUGGGAAACAUUCAAACUUUGCAUCUAAUCAAAGAAAAUCGCUUGGUCCACCCGAGGACUAGAAUCUAUAUAUUGUCAGAUGACACUCUGUCUUGGCUCCUUCACCCGGGAGAUCAUAUCAUAGACAUUCCAGAGGAGAGUAGACAAUACAAAAGGGCUUCUUGCUCUCUGAUACCAGUGGGGGAGGCUUGCACUCAUGUUACUACUACUGGACUUAAGUGGAACUUGGAUAAUCAAGAAUUAAAGUUCGGCAAACUGGUGAGCACAUCUAACUCUUUCGACGGUUCUGAACAAGUGACAGUAAAGUGCAGCCACACUUUGCUUUGGUCCAUGAAGAUUCCUAGUUUAGCAAGUUCCAUCGAUAAAGCAAAGAAAUAGGACAAGAUCAGAAAGGACAGGUAUAUCUUAAGCCUAAUAAUCGCAUCCAUUUAAUAACUACAACGCCAAAGACAUACAGGUAUAGGUACAACUAAACCUGUAAUAUUAAUUUAUCUAAUCUCGUGUCUUAUUAAAUUUAUUAAUGAAUUUUUAUUAAAUUAGCAAAAUUACUGACUCAAAAUCUGAUAUGGAACAAACUCUCCCGGAUAUAUUGGAAACUGCUACAAAUACAACAUCAAUCCUUUACCUUCUAAGUCGCCGAAAAUGUAUUUAAUUUUGUUAGAUUCCUAUUUCAUGAGAUUAGAUAAAAUAGAGUAUGAAACGUGCAUGUCUCACACGUGUCUAUAUUAUAAAACUCACUUCGUUCGUUUUAUAAAAUGUAACUCGUGCUUUGAUGAUCGUCAUUAUGCAACCGUUUCAUAAUCUACUAUUUCCUAUAAUAUUAUCUACUGCCAAACUAGAUCUGCAAUUGUACAUACUAUAAUUAUGUAUUAGAAUUAUUAUUUACGCAAUUCCUUAAGCAAGUACUUACAUAGUUUUUUUUAUGGAUUUGUAAACUAAGCUGUGGUUUUUUACUUAACUUAUUUUGUUUUACUACUUUUAUGUAUGUUUUGUAUCUUAAUUCAGUAUGCCUAGCAUACGACUAAAGACAUAUUAUCUCGUGAAGGGAAAUAGACAAAAUAUCGAUCAAAGGCGACGGCUUUCGUCCUAUAAGAGAUAACGAUAUUUUCGGUUGCGCGCUAUUGGGUAAAAUUUGUCUAUUUCUCGUCACGAGAUACAUUUGGUCGCAUGUUAGACGCACUCUGCAAUCAUGAAGUUAAGAGUGAUUUUGCAAUGCAACGUGUUAUAACGCUUCGAAAAUUAAAAAUCGUAUGGGAAUGACAUUUGCUAUCGACAGGUCAUGUGAUUUUUUUAUAGUUUUCGAAGCGUUACCGUUUGUAGAAAGAGAAUCGACGUGCCACAUGUCUGCAGGCCCUGAUAAGUUAAUUAUGUUAAUGUGUACGAGCCUUUAUUAUUUAGGACGGCCUUCGUGGCGCAGAUUUACAAGACGGAGGUCCCGGGUUCGAACCCCGGCUGGGCUGAUUGAGGUUUCUUAAUUGGUCCAGGUCUGGCUGGUAGGAGACUUCGGCCGUGGCUAGUUACUGCCCUACCGGCAAAGAAGUACCGCCAAGCGAUUAAGCGUGUCGGUACGAUGUCGUGUAGAAACCGAGAGGGGUGGUGGAUUUUUUCAUGCUACUCUUAAGUUAGCCGGCUUACAUCUUAGAUUGCAUCAUCACUUACUAUACGAUGAGAUUGUAGACAAGGGUUAACUUGUACAAAAAUAAAAAAAAAGGUUGUUUUGGAUUUGUGACUUAUAAGAAUAUCUGUUCGUCCAGUGAUAUAUUUAUUAAGAGUAUCUUGAUGGAGUGUUAUUGUUACAUCAAAAAAUUAUCUGAUAAGUAGAACUUAAACUAAGCAUUGUGAUGCGUUGUUAGUUGUUAUUUUACACCUACUUAAUAAAGUUGUUAAUCAUUUGGUAAAGUUGUUAUAAAGUCAUACUUAAAAUAAAAGAUAUUUAAUGUACAA